AUGGUUCUUUUCCGCAGCAUAUUCUUUGGGGCAACUCUGGUGAUAGAGGCCCUGGCUACUCCCAGCAAAUUUGUUCCUCGCUCUUUCAACAAUGCAACCGACGUUGACCUUGGUUUCCUCGAUAGUGUAGACAGCUUUUUCGAGCUCCUUGGAACCAACUCGAGCGACUGGGACAGGUUUGAAGAUGCAGCUGAGGAAGUCUUUGACCCAAAUGCCUUCAGCCCAAACCCAGACAAUGUUCUCAUGGCACGACAGAUGGAGCAGUGUCUCAGCUUGACAGACUGGACCCAGCUCAUCUGCGACAACAUGCCCAACAAUAAAGUCAAGUACGCUCUCGGGGCGGCGAUUGCCAUCUAUUAUGCUCCCAUCGUCCUUGUCAACUGGCUGGAAAACUGCGGCAAACUCAUCCAUGGUCGCGACUACGUCUGGCAGUCCAGAAAGGCGAGUGAACUGGACAAGAGAGACGACAUCGCGAGUGUUGUGGCCUCCAAGUGGAACGGUGCGGACCACCUAUACUUCAAGGUGCCGCAGGUGUUCGACUCGCUCCAAACGCGCAGCGUCGACGAACUGGGCGUUGCAAGCGAGGCCACCUUGUACAACGAGUACUCGUUCGACACCGCCACAAGCACUAUUCACUACCGCGCCUCCGGUGGUACCUUCCACGCGGAGAUGCCGGAGGUGACACCCGAGAAGCGUUGGCUUGGGCCUCGUCAACUUUCCAGGGACUAUGUCAUCUUCCUUGAAGUGCACCGAGCUACCGCGGCCGGAACUACAGCCAGCUACCAGUGUAUCGGCAAAACACUCAGGUACUUCGUCGAUCGCAGCUCCGAGAGACACAGAAGCAGUUGCCAGCCGAUGCACAACCGUGGCAGCUUCAUGUCCAACGUCAACAUUCACAUCACACCCGGCAGCACGGGCCGCCGCCUUUUCGAUUGCUGCUGA